AUGGGGCCCUAUCCCCCCACCCCCCCCAGUCCCCCCCCCCCAGAAGUAGACAUUGGGGAGAAGGAUCGACCCCCGGAGUGUCCAUUAGACCGGGAGGAUCUCGGCCGAAGUACCUGGUCCUUCUUGCAUACAAUGGCUGCCUACUACCCAGACAGUCCCAGCACUAAGCAGAAAGAAGAAAUGAAAAGCUUCAUUAACCUAUUUUCCAAAUUCUAUCCCUGUGAGGAAUGUGCGGGAGGACCUAAGAGAGAGCUAACUACCACUCAGCCUGACACAAGCAGCAGACAUAACCUGUCACAGUGGAUGUGUAUGCUUCAUAAUGAUGUCAACAGGAAGCUGGGCAAGGAAGAAUUUGACUGUUCCAAGGUGGACGAGAGGUGGCGUGAUGGCUGGAAGGACGGAUCCUGCGAUUGA